AUGACGCGCGGGAAGAGCAACAAAGACUUUCGCAAAGGGUUCGAAAACCGAAAGACCGGCAUCUUCAAGAAGUCGGACACGUUCUACCGCUACUACAAAGCCAGAGUGGCGGUGCUGGUCAUCGGCCACGAUGGCCACCUCGAGGCCUACGAGUCUCAGCAUGGUCUGAUCCGAAGCUUGACGGCGUCUCCUAUCCCACAAGAGACCAUCUUGGGGCCCGACAACUUUGAGACGGUCGCAGCCAGGCACGCCAUAACGCCAGCACCUAGCAGCCCGCCUGCGGCGGCCGCUUCGGCCGACUUGACAGGUUCGACUGACGCGGGCGACGCAGCCAACGCGGCUGACUUGGUCGUCAAUGCAGUCGGAUCUCCCCCGUCGUCCUACUUUACCUGUCUCUCGGGCAGCUCGAGCGACGGCGCGGAGUCCUAUUCGAGCCUGGACGGAGAGCUGUCGGUGUCGCCUCAGGCGCCACUGGCCACCAUGUCGGCAAGCAGCUCGUCGUCCAGUGGCCCCUUGUCGAGUGGUAGCAGCGGGAAGGACACAGAUGAGACUGCUCCCAUGUUCAACGAAUAUGACUUCGUCAACAUGGGAGACACAGUGUUCCCAUCUAUGUUUCUGGAAGGCGACAUGGUAGGCACGACACGUCGGCAGCAGACUGAGAUCUUCCCUGCCAUGGGCAUGUCUUACGCUAAAGCCGCCGAUACGGCACCACACGGGACCGAGUCAUCACGUCGGAAACAAGCCCUGCUUUCGUUGGCGAACCGCUGUUUCCAGGUGUAA